AGACAACUACGAACCUCCACUGUCUUUCGUCGAGAAGUAAAAGUAGUGGUGCAACUCAGUAUCAGCUCAGGCUCAACUUUUUAUUUUCGAACAGUGUAAAGCACUUUUUUUAUUGUUAAUCGGAGAACCUCCGUAUAUCACAAGAUGCCCUAUAAGCGCAAAAAAUAUCAUAGAGGCGAUACGCACUUGAAGAAAGGUUGGAGGACGAAAAGGAGAACGAAGGACUUGGACGAGAUUGACGAGGACUUGAAGGAAGAGAAUGUGGAAAAGCUGUUGAAUCAGGAAGUGGAUUUCGACAAACCGGGAGCGGCGCAACAUUAUUGCGUGCACUGCGCGAGGCAUUUCAUAAACGAAACCGCGUUGCGCACUCACUUCACUACCAAAGUGCACAAACGGCGAUUAAAGGCGCUCGAGCUGCGACCAUACAGCAUCGAAGAAUCGGAGCAAGCAGCGGGCAAGGGAAGCUACGUCGCGCCACAAAAACGCAAGAUUGAAACUGUGACGCGAGAAAAUUUCGAAAAGGAACAUGCGGAUGAGCCAAAUGCUAAAAUGAUGAAAAUAGAUGAAUAGAACUCGUUUAUUCGUAAUAGUUUUGUAUCUAUAUCGUGACAC